GCAUCGCCUGACUUGCCCGAUCUGACGACAACGAUCAAUCAGCGAACUCCCAUCACCACUUUCAGUUCCGCAACCACAUACCACUUACUUCCACUCCCAUAUGGCCGUCACGGGAACCGCGGGGGCUGAUAGGGCCCGAUACCUGCUCAACACAAUACCCGACCGCUUCAAUGAGUUCACCCACAUGGACCAGAUGACCUUCUUCCAGCUCGCCGAUUGGAUCGUCGAGAACGUCGAAUCGAGUACGGCCAAGGAGGACAUCAGCGUAGAGGAGAGCCUCUUCGUCUUCCUCGACAUCGUCGCCCAAGGGAACAGCUUUCGGGAUGCCGCCUACAACUGGGAUCAUGACAUCGAUCUCACGCAGAGAAUCUUCCUCAACGUCAUCAACGCUCUGAGAGUCCUCCGCGAGAAGGAAGACGUCUCGCCAUCAUGUCCGUCGUUCAACACAUCAAAGACCCGAUGGCGUGUCCUCAAGUCUUGGCGACCGGGUAAAUUGAGGAUGGACGGCCUCGUCAAGGUGGGCGACGAUCGCGGCGACGGCCUCGACAUCGCACAGCAGGACUUCAUCGAGGCGAUAACGGCGCUGAAUAACUUCAUCCAUGAGCGAAAGGAGUUUUAGUUUUUUUCCCUCUUUUUCUUUUCUUGUAACGACUUUUUCCUUUUUCCUUUCUUUCUUUCUUCUGACCCCCCCGACGGUAGUGGUGGUCCUUGUAUGACUUGGCAUCGGGUUUUGGAGUUUCUGGCUCUCUCUUUGGUUUUGGGAUUCCUGGCGCUACGGAUUCGGGACAGUGUUGCAUUGCAUGGCAUGUUCCAUCGGACUUAGGUU